AUGGAAGCUCUAGGGCUUCCCCGGUUCUUGCCGCUGCUGCUUCUGGUGCUGUGCCCGGGCUCUGCAGCCUCCAAACUCAACAUCCCCAAAGUACUGCUACCUUUCACGCGGGGAGCCCGCAUCAACUUCACCCUGGAGGCCUCGGAGGGCUGCUACCGCUGGUCAUCAACCAGGCCGGAAGUGGCCAGUAUCGAACCACUGGAUCUUGAUGAACAACAAUGCUCUCAGAAAGCUGUUGUGCAGGCUCGAUCAUCCCAGCCAACCCGCCUGACCAGCAUCAUUUUUGCCGAGGAUAUCAUGACUGGCCAGGUGCUGCGCUGUGAUGCCAUUGUGGACAUCAUCCAUGAUAUCCAGAUUGUCUCCACCACCCGUGAACUCUACCUCGAAGAUUCACCCUUAGAGCUGAAGAUCCAGGCUCUGGAUUCUGAAGGAAACACAUUCAGUACCUUGGCAGGAUUGGUUUUUGACUGGACAGUAGUAAAGGAUACAGAAGCCAAUGGUUUCUCUGACUCCCACAAUACAUUGCGCAUACUCAAGUUUCUAGAGUCUACUUACAUACCUCCUGCCUACAUAUCAGAGAUGGAAAAAGUUGCCAAGCAAGGAGAUACCAUUUUAGUGUCUGGGAUGAAGACAGGGAGUUCCAAAUUAAAAGCACGGAUACAGGAAGUAGUCUACAAGAACGUUCAGCCUGCAGAAGUCAGGUUGCUUAUUUUGGAGAAUAUUCUUCUGAAUCCAGCUUAUGAUAUAUACUUGUUGGUGGGAACGUCCAUUUGCUACAAGGUGCAGAAGAUAAGACAAGGCAAAAUUACAGAAUUAAUGAUGCCUUCUGAUCAGUAUGAACUGCAGCUUCAGAACAACAUACCUGGCCCUGAGGGAGAUCAGGCUCGACCAGUUGCCAAGCUGGUUCAAGCAACAUCAACAGUUACUGCAUUGCAGCAGGGACAAACUAACCUAGUGCUUGGGCACAAAAAUAUCCUCUGUAUUCGUAUGCAGGGUGCUUCCAGAUUACCCAACGGCACAAUUUAUGUUGUGGAACCUGGAUAUUUGGGGUUUACAAUCCAUCCCGGGGACAGAUGGGUCCUAGAAACCGGCCGAUUUUACGAAAUUACCAUUGAAGUGUAUGACAAAUCAAGCAACAAGGUUUAUUUAUCGGACAAUAUCAGGAUUGCUACAGUGCUGCCUCAGGAGUUUUUUGAAGUACUGAAGUCCUCCCAAAAUGGGUCAUACCAUCAAGUGAAGGCAAUAAAGAGGGGCCAGACAGUUAUAGAUGCUGCUCUGACUUCUGUGGUAGACCAGGAUGGAGGUGUCCACACAUUACCUGUUCCAGUCCGAAACCAGCAGGAGGUUGAAAUUUAUGUUCCUAUCACCCUCUCACCAAGUAUUUUGACAUUUCCAUGGCAGCCAAAGGCUGGAGCCUAUCAGUACACUAUCAAGGCUCAUGGUGGGAGCAGGAACUUCAGCUGGUCCUCAUCCAGCCAGUUCGUGGCAACUGUCACAGUCAAGGGAGUGAUGACCACCGGCAGCAACAUAGGUGUCAGUGUAAUUCAGGCGCAUGAUGUCCAGAACCCUCUUCACUAUGGAGAAAUGAAGGUGUAUGUGAUUGAGCCUAGCAGCAUGGAGUUUACCCCAUGCCAGGUGGAGGCACGGGUGGGCCAGACCCUGGAGCUACCCCUGAGAAUCAAUGGCCUCAUGCAUGGGGACGCCAGUGAGGUGGUCACUCUGAGUGACUGUUCUCACUUUGACUUGGUGGUUGAGGUGGAGAACCGCGGUGUGUUCCAGCCACUGCCAGGUAGGCUGAAACCAGGUUUGGAUUUUUGCAGUGGCGUCCGAGUCAGGGCGGAGAUUCAAGGAUACACCACUCUCCUCGUAAGCUACACGCAUGGUCACAUUCACCUGAGCGCUAAAAUCAUCAUCGCUGCCUAUCUCCCCUUGAAGACUGUGGAUCCCCCCUCUGUUGCUUUGGUCACCUUGGGAUCAUACAAAGAGAUGCUGUUUGAAGGGGGUCCUAAGCCCUGGGUUUUAGAGCCUUCAAAGUUCUUCCGGAACAUCACUUCAGAAGACACAGAGAGCAUCAGCCUGGCGCUAUUUGGUCCUCCAGCUUCGAGAAACUAUUUACAACACUGGGUUAGAGUGUCCUGCAAAGCCUUGGGAGAACAGGUCAUCGCCUUAACAGUCGGAAACAAACCCAGCGUCACUAACCCCUUUCCAGCCAUUGAGCCAGCCGUGGUGAAGUUUAUCUGUGCCCCACCUUCACGCCUUACCCUGACCCCUGUCUAUACCAGCCCUCAGCUGGACCUCUCCUGCCCUCUGAUGCAACAGAACAAACAAGUGGUACCUGUUUCAAAUUAUCGCAACCCCAUCUUGGACCUGGCUGUUUAUGAUCAGCAAGGCCGUAAGUUUGACAAUUUCAGCUCCCUUAAUAUUAAAUGGGAUUCCACCAAGGCCUCUUUAGCCAGCAUUGAACCCAGCCUGCCAAUGGAAUUGAAGCUUAAAGACGACGGAAGUGGUCAGAAGAAAUUACACGGCCAGCAGACCAUUUUGGUUCACCGUGAAUCUGGAACUACAGCAAUCUCUGCAACAGCUAUUGGAUAUCAGCAAUCACACCUUAAUGCAGCCAGAGUGAAGCAACCGUAUGAACCUCUUAUACCCGUCUCCACAACCAUUGAGCUGAUACUUGUGGAAGAUGUAAAAGUGAGUCCAGAUGACAUAACAAUCUACAAUCACCCUGAUGUGCAGGCAGAACUUCUCAUUAUAGAAGGCUCCGGGUACUUUUUCAUCAACACUAGUGUUACAAAUGUUGUCAAAGUGGCUUACCAAGAAGCUCGAGGCAUCGCUCUGGUGCAUCCUUUAUUUCCAGGAACAUUAACUCUCAUGAUCCACGACUUGUGUUUGACUUUUCCUGCCCCUGCCAAGGCUGCAAUUUACAUUUCUGAUAUACAGGAAUUGUACGUCCGAGUUGUCAACAAGGUGGAGAUUGGGAAAAGAGUUAAAGCCUAUGUCAGAGUGCUGGAUUUCGCCAAGAAACCUUUCCUGGCAAAAUAUUUUGCCUACAUGGACUUGAAACUCCAAGCAGCAUCACAGAUCAUCACCUUGGUACCCCUAGACGAAGCCCUUGAUGACUACACUGCCACGUUUCUCAUCCAUGGUGUAGCAAUAGGGCAGACCAGCUUGACUGCAACGGUUUCAGAUAAAACUGGACAAAGAAUCAACUCUGCGCCCCAGCAAAUUGAAGUCUUCCCACCAUUCAGACUAAUACCAAGGAAAGUAACGCUGAUUAUUGGAGCAAUGAUGCAGAUCACUUCAGAAGGAGGUCCACAACCUCAAUCGAACAUCAUUUUCUCCAUCAGUGAUAAGAGUAUUGCUUCAGUGAACAGCACUGGUCUGGUCAGAGGCAUCACAAUUGGAAAUGGAACAGUCACGGGAGUUGUUCAAGCUGUUGAUGCAGAGACUGGCAAAGUUGUUAUAGUAUCUCAGGACCAAGUGGGUGUUGAGGUUGUGCGUCUCAAGGCUGUGAGGAUCCGAGCUCCCAUUACCAGGAUGAAGACUGGGACCCAGAUGCCGGUUUAUGUCACGGGCAUUACCAGCAGCCAGAGUCCUUUUUCCUUUGGGAAUGCAGUGCCUGGGCUUACUUUCCAUUGGUCUGUCACCAAGAGAGAUAUCCUGGAUGUCAGGACAAGACACAAUGAGGCUUCUCUUCAACUUCCAUCAAAAUAUAACUUUGCCAUGAAUGUUUAUGGCAGGGUAAAGGGUAGGACAGGGCUGAAGGUUGUCGUCAAAGCCCUGGAUCCAGCGUUGGAACAGUUCUUUGGCCUGGCAAAAGAGCUGUCAGAUGAAAUCCAAAUCCAGGUAUUUGAAAAGCUUCUACUGCUUAACCCCAAAAUAGAAGCAGAGCAGAUAUUAAUGUCACCAAACUCAUUUAUAAAACUUCAAACAAACAGGGACGGUGUAGCAUCCCUCAGUUACCGAAUGUUGGAUGGGCCAGAAAAAGUUCCUAUCGUGCAUAUUGACGAGAAAGGCUUCCUUGUAUCAGGGUCCCUGAUUGGAACUUCAACAAUUGAAAUAAAUUCACAAGAACCAUUUGGAGUCAACCAGACAAUUAUUGUUGCUGUCAAGGUGUCUCCAAUUUCUUAUCUGAGGAUUUCAGUAAGUCCUGUUCUUCACACACAAAACAAGGAGGCCCUGAUGGCUCUGCCUUUGGGAAUGACCUUGACCUUUACUAUUCAUUUCCAUGACAACUCUGGAGACAUUUUCCAUGCACAGAAUGCUGUACUGAACUUUGCAACCAACAGAGAUGACUUUGUCCAGAUUGGAAAAGGGGCCACUAACAAUACCUUCAUCAUCCGGACCGUCAACGUAGGCUUGACGCUGCUUGGGGUGUGGGACACAGAACACACGGGACUGGCUGAUUACGUUCCCCUUCCUGUGCAGCAGGCCAUUUACCCAGAGUUAGCUGGGGAUGUGGUGGUGGGGGAUGUACUUUGCUUAAACACCAUCCUGAUGAACCAAGAAGGUUUGACAGGAACAUGGAGCUCUUCUUCCAGCAGCAUUCUCCAGGUGGACCCAAAGACUGGGGUUUCUGUGGCCAGGGACUCAGGAACUGUCACCAUCUAUUAUGAAAUCAGGGGACUCCUUAAAACAUACAAAGAGGUUUCAAUCAGUAUACCCCAAAAGAUUGUAGCAAAGCAUGUCAGUGGAGUGAAGACCAGUUUACAUGGAGUCACAGCUUCUAAAGUGAUUGUUGUGACUGGAGAAAGAAGCACCAACCUGCAAGGGGACUGCUCACAGGCCCAGAUGGAGGCAAUCGAAGGACUGCAUCCAGCAUCCCUCAUCAACUGUCAGCUCCAGUUCAACGAGGCCACAUUUGAGUUCCCGGCAUCUGAUAUUUUCACUGCAGAACCUGGAUUUGAUGCAGCUUCAGGUCAGUACACUUGUUCUGUCACAAUGCACAGACUGACAGAUAAGCAACUCAAACAUCUCAGCAUGAAGAAAACAGCUCUCACUGUCACAGCCUCCAUCCCAGGCACCCACUUCUCUGGAGAACAGAUCAGUGCAGAAGUGCCAUUCAAUCCUGGAUUUUAUGCUGAUCAGACUGAAAUCCUUUUAAGCAACCAUUACACAAGCUCGGAUGUCAAAAUAUUUGGAGCCACGGAAAUUCUUGAAAACCUAGAGGUGAAAUCUGGGUCACCUAUGGUGGUUGCCUUUGCCAAAGAGAAGUCCUAUGGAUUGCCUAGCUUUGUCACCUACACAGUCAGCAUGUCAGACCCCACAAUCACCAGCCAGGGAUCCCUAUCCGCUCUGCUAACCAUCUCCAGCCCAAUGACAGACCAAUCCAUCACUAUUCCCGUCACGAUGAUUUAUGUGGCGGAGAAACAUGGACCAGGGCAGCAAGGAGCUGGUCUAUUCCAACACUUCCUUGAUUCCUAUCAAGUAAUGUUCUUCACGCUUUUUGCCCUGCUGGCUGGGACAGCUGUUAUGAUCAUAGCCUACCAUGCCAUUUUCUCCCCCAAGGAACGCAAUCUGCAUCCAGCUUUCACCCCCAGAACAAGCCCCCAACUGAGUCCAAAUAGUUUUGCUGUUUCAUCUUCAACUUCUUUCAGCCCUCAGUCGCCCAGCAAAAGAAACAGCCCUCCUUCCAGGCUCUGGAGCCCUGAUUAUGCGUUACAUUAGAAUCUGAUGAAAGGAAUCAAACACAAAGAGAAAUUAUUUCCCGGUAAAACAUCAAGUGACUUUAGUGCCUUUACUAAUAAUAAAAUAAAUGAGUUCACACUGGAGAAAUUUCAGCAAGACUUGAGUCAUGCCCUAAUGCUGAAUCAGAUGGAAGUCAAUUUUUUAAAAUAUAAUUUAGUGUGCGAUUGGAGUUUUUCUAAUGCAUAGUUUUCUUUGCAAUUUUUCUGAAGUUUCUUUUAGUACUAGAAAAUAUAUAAAUAUAUGCCUUAGUCUUCUGUUUCAUGCCCAAUUGUUCAAGGGUUUCUGGUCGACAGGAGUCUUUUCUCAUCUGCGCUAAAAUAGCUAUCCCACAUGCUUUAAGCAAUUAGAAGCUAUUUGGGAGUGAUUGGUAGAGCAUCUUUAUGGAAGAGGGGCUGGUGGGGGGGUUCACUUUUUCAUCCUGUGAAAAAUCAUUUCCCCUUAGUAUGUCUUUUAAAUAAGGGAAAUCGUGAAUGGGACAAAAUGUGAAGGUCAUAUGUCUUGAAAGUCUGAAUUUUUCUUUUGCGUUCCAAAUAAUCGUAUCAGGAAGACUCAGGAAUGUACUACAAUGACUAGUGCUAUUAAUGUUUCAGCUUUACAAUGUGAUUUUAGAUGUUUAAUUUAACAGUUAAAAUUGGAAAUGUUAAGGAAACUGUGAAAAGAAUCUCUCUAUUUUGUUGCAUUUCUCCUCCCUCUUCCCCCGCCCCGCAAAAAAAAUAUAUAUUUUUGUGACAUUUUGGUAUAGUUGCAGCCUGUUGCCUUGUUGUAGCAAUCGUGAAUAUGUCGGAGAGUGAACAUAGUUUACCCUCUGUAAGGGCAGGGAUAUUUUUGGAAUUGUUAAUUGUUCUGAGUGAAAUAUUCUUCAUCCAAAACAGGAGCAUUUUUAUAGGUGCUGAUUUGUUCUGUUUAAGCACAAUGACAUGGGCAUUUCUGUUCAUAGUUUUAGAAAUCUGAAGUACCUCAGC